GUGACCUCGGAACAGCAGGCCCGUUUGUGUGCAGAAUCAAAAUAGGGCACAGCAGCUAGCUGCUGACUUAUCCGUGUGUGUGGUGAUACUGUGGACCAGGACACACGUUCUCGAGAUUGGUGACAUCUGUAAUAUCCUAAGGUUUUGUAACGUACCACCUUAGUAUUGUUGAGCUUAAGACGCAGUAUCGGAGAAGGAUAUCGUUUAUGUAGCGAGCGAGGCCGUAGAUAGCAAGCGCACCGUCCCUUCAUCUGCAGCUCAGCAUUCAUGUGAAUUAUAAAAGGAUUCACACGGCUGAGGGUCAACGUCAGAGAAGAUGCGGAAAGAUGUGAGGAUAUUAUUGGUGGGAGAAUCCAAGGUGGGGAAAACCUCUCUCAUCAUGUCCCUAGUCAGCGAGGAGUUCCCGGAAGUGGUUCCCUACCGAGCUGAAGAGAUCACCAUACCUGCGGAUGUGACCCCAGAGAGGGUUCCUACCCACAUAGUAGACUACUCAGAGGCAGAACAGACAGACGAGCAGCUGUUCCAGGAGAUCUCUAAGGCCAAUGUCAUAUGCAUCGUCUACGCUGUGAACAACAAGAAAUCAAUUGAGAAGGUGACCAGUCACUGGAUUCCACUCAUAACUGAUAAUACAGACAAGGACAACAGGGUUCCUCUGAUCCUGGUGGGCAAUAAGUCGGACCUCGUCGAGCACAGCAGCAUGGAGACGAUCCUGCCCAUCAUGAACCAGUACAGCGACAUCGAGACCUGCGUGGAGUGUUCAGCGAAGAACCUGAAGAACAUUUCGGAGCUGUUCUACUACGCGCAGAAGGCUGUCCUCCACCCCACCGGCCCUCUCUACUGCCCGGAGAGAAAAGAUAUGAAGCCCCUGUGUGUUAAAGCCCUGACUCGCAUCUUUAAAGUGUCGGACCUGGACAACGACGGUAUCCUCAACGACAACCAGCUGAACUUCUUCCAGAGGACGUGCUUCAACGCUCCACUGGCCCCUCAAGCCCUGGAGGACGUGAAGAACGUGGUGAGGAAGAACGUCAGCGAUGGCGUGCGGGACAACGGCCUCACACUGAACGGCUUCCUGUUCCUCCACACCUUGUUCAUCCAGCGAGGGCGCCACGAGACCACGUGGACCGUGCUGCGGCGCUUCGGCUACGACGACGACCUUGAGCUGCACCAGGACUACCUCUUUCCCCAGCUGAAGGUCCCUCCGGACGCCACCACCGAGCUCAACCAUGACGCCUACCUCUUCCUGCAGGGCGUCUUCGACAAGCACGAUAAGGACCGGGACUGUGCCCUGUCUCCAGAGGAGCUGAAGGACUUGUUUGACGUGUUCCCCUACAUGCCCUGGGGGGCCGACGUCAGCAACACGGUUUGCACCAACGACAAGGGCUGGAUCACCUACCAGGGGUACCUCUCUCAGUGGACGUUGACCACCUACCUGGACGUCCAGCGGUGCCUGGAGUACCUGGGUUACCUUGGUUACUCCAUCGUAGCCGAGCAGGAGUCCCAGGCAGCAGGGAUAACAGUGACCCGGGACAAGAAGAUCGACCUGCAGAAGAGGCAGACCCAGCGCAGCGUCUUCCGCUGUAACGUCUUCGGGGACGUCUGCAGCGGCAAGAGCGGCUUCCUCCAAGCCUUCCUGGGACGCAACCUCAUGAGCCAGAAGAACAUUCGAGAGGAGCACCGGUCCUUCUACGCUAUCAGUACCACCUAUGUUUACGGCCAGGAGAAAUACCUGCUUCUGCACGAGGUCUUCCCAGACAACGACUACAUGUCCGAUGCCGACCUAGCAUGUGACAUUGUCUGUCUGCUCUAUGAUGUCAGCAACCCCUACUCCUUUGAGUACUGUGCUAAAGUCUUCAAGCAAUAUUUCAUGGACAGCAAGACGCCGUGCAUGAUGAUAGCCGCCAAGUCUGACCUCCCAGAGGUCAAGCAGCAGUACGGAUGCACUCCCCUGGAGUUCUGCCGCAAACACAAGAUGCCCCCGCCCCAGUCCUUCACCUGCAACACAGCGGCGGCAGCCCCCAGCCGGGACAUCUACACCAAGCUCACCACCGUGGCCAUGUACCCUCACGCCCGGCUGCGCUGCAUGUGCACGUGCAACAGGUGCACCUUCUGCCUGUGCCAGAACCUCCUCAACUCUGAGCUGCUGCAGACGGUCCGGACCAAGCUCUACGCCGCGGUGCUCAGCAGGCACGUGAGCCAGGCGGACCUGAAGAGCUCCACCUUCUGGCUGCGGGCAAGUGUUGGCGCAGCCAUGUUUGCCGUGCUGGGUAUCGCCAUGUACAGAGUCCUGCUGAAACCACGGUGACUCCACGCCAAUUAUUGGCCAGUGCGCAACUUAAAAAGAGGACAAGAAUUUAUCAGAAUUUGACUUUGACUUUUGGGAAAAAUUCACAAAAUGUUUCGUUUUCGCCUGCCCUUAUCGUAUGUUAAGUUUUCCUGCUCCUUUGGGGAGGAAGAUGAUUUAAAAUGGUUUAAUUUUGCAUCAUGCUCGCUCAAGCUGGUUUGAUAAUGUGGCUUUCUCGGUCACCAAAGUAUUAUUUUUUGCUCAAGGUAUAGAUCUAUUUAUAUUUCUAUGGAAAACGUGAGGAUAUCUUGAGGCGAAGUGGGUUGGCUGCAAGUGAGUGUUGGCUACAGGUUUAUGUUUUGAAACUGUAUGCAGCAGCAUUAGCAACUUCAGUCAAAUAGUUUUUUCUGGAGAGAAAAUAUGUAAAUAAUGAUAUAAAAUAUGUGUUAUAGAAUAUGUGCUAGAAAUAAUCUCGGAUGAAAGGGAGAACGGCAGGAUGUAUGAGACUCGGAGUGUAUAUGAAAAGCAUCCUGACUGAAGCUUGAAGUCCCCUAGAUGAGCGAGUUCUAAGGUUGCACUGGUCUCUGGGAACUGGCUGUCCUCGCGGGGGCCUAAUUUAUCAAACGCUGCGCUCCUCUGCCCUCAAAUGUUAGGCCACAGCAAGCUGCGUGUUCAGCAGCAAAUAUUCCAAUUUAGAAAGUUCUGAUUUAAUAUAUUCAGAAGCUCUACUCCACAAGCACAGAUAAUAAUGCAUUUUCCAUGAUAAGACCAGCUUCGACUAUUCUGUUAGCUGUUUGGUGUUGGCAAUGUUGUUGGGGAUUUGGAGCAGAGGCAGUAUUUGAUAUAGGCUAAUUCAUUUAGAAAGUUGUAAACUCAUAUUUAAUAAUUGAGCCAGAAUGGUGGCCCAAUCACGUAAGGAUUUGUAUUCAUCUUUGCAAAUAGAAUGGAUAGUUAUUUUGUUUACAUAAUGCAUCGUGUAUAACUGAGCCUCCCGUUUUAUACUUAGAUUUCCUCUUACUCCCUCCUUGUUGAAUUGUAUUGAAUAAGAAAGAUGCCAUUGUGUAUUUAAUAUAAUGGCAUCACCUUAGAUAGGCUGCUGCUUCAAUCCUGCUGUGUGUGUGUGUGUGUGUGUGUGUGUGUGUGUGUGUGUGUGUGUGUGUGUGUGUGUGUGUGUGUGUGUGUGUGUGUGUGUGUGUGUGUGUGUGUGUGUGUGUGUCUUUAUUUCUGUCCUAAACUACUUCCCAGUAUUGUUUCUUUGCUAUUAAUCGGUAACCAUGUAGAAAAUGAUCUCUUAAAAAUAUGCUGUUGGCUUCUUUAGGAAUAUUGAAGUUCUACAUUGUGGACGUUUUGCAUAAAGUAUUCACAAUGCAUCCCGAUAUUCUAUUGUGUUGUCAUUUUAAGGGUCAGUUUGUCUUAUUCAACCAUUCCUGCUUUGAGAUUACUGAAAUAUUUUUUAUAUUUACAUAUAGACCAUGUAUAAGGUUAUAGUAACAUAAUAUUUAUCUUCUUUGUAUUUUAACUAAAAGUGAACUGUAUAGGUCUUUAGCAGAGUGGUGUAAUAGUAAAGACAAAAACAACUAACCUUAUGUAAUUACCUGAAAUAGCCAUUUAAGGCCUAUAUCAGUAAAUGCUGUGCAAGAGUUGAACACGGUUUAACCUUUCAGUAAUCCCAAUAUAACCACAAGAGGGCGCCACACACACACAAUUAUGAAAGAUUUGCUGAGAAUCGGGAAAGGAGCGGUAGGGAGACAGCUCAUCAGUUACCUUUGCAAUUACUAUUUAUUUUCUACAGUAUUUUAUACGGUCAUUUAGUUUAUUUCUACAAUAUUUCAUGAAUGGAUUAAACAUUUCAUGAAUGUUCCAAAACUUGAGUCAUGGUAUCUU